UCUAAGCAUAUCUUUAUCUCUGGUACCUUCAAUGUCAACUAGAUUUUUAUUGAGUUACACUUAAAACAUUUGACGGAGAGCAAGAUGGGUGCCAUUGCUUUGAUCCUGCUGAUUUCAUUUUUUCAAAGUCCAGGUACAACACAAGAUAUUAACUUGUGUCCUGAUGGACCUGCUAAAGAUCGCUAUUUGAAAGUUCAUGGUGAUUUCUGCUAUCAGUUCGUCGUCUAUCGGAAGUACACUCACUCAGAGGCCCAGACUGACUGCGAGCUCCAGGGCGGGAGUCUGGUCCUGGUCAAGACGGCAGACAUACAGAACUUCGUGUACCAGCAGCUCACUACGACUUAUAACGACGCCUAUUACAGAGUCUGGAUAGGCCUGAACGACCUCGCCCAGGAGGAUCACUACGUCUGGGAGGAUGGCACCAAGCUGGGUUUCUACAGCAACUGGUACCAGGGCGAGGGUCCGAGCAGCACCACGGCCAACCAUAACUUCACCCACAUCACCAGAGACUGCGUGGUCAUGGACAUUUCUCCCUCUGUAGGCGGAAAGUGGAGGGAGAGCUCCUGUGAGAGCAGCGCCGCCCUCUUGGUGUUGUCUGCUCGAGAGGCUCACUCUUACGUCUGCCAGUACAGUAUUGCUCCACCUUCCACAACAACAAUUUUUACUACCGCUAAAUAAAUACAAUCGUAUAAGUAUUCACAAACACUGAAUAGCAUUUGACUCGCAUUUUCUUUUACAUGCUUUAAAGAAAUUGUUUUUAUAGUGGAAAAAAAGGUAGAAGACUAUUUUUAGACAGAGUAUUUUGUUAGAUUUUGCUACCUGCCUAAAAAUAAAGUAGUCCUUAUAUAAGUAACAUUUUUUUAAAAAAUCACAUUUAUAAAAUAUAGUUUAUAAUUAAUAAUAAUUUUAUUUAUAAAGCGCUGUUAACAAACAAAAUGUAGGCUCAAGGCGCUGUAACAACAUUACAAACAUAAACACAAUUGCUAGAAUAACAGUUAAUCUAAAAAAGUUUUAAACAAGUAGGUCUUAAUGUUCUUCUUAAAAGUGGUAUAGCAUGUUGUCUGUCUGAGAUCAAUGGGGAGUGAGUUCCAAACCUUUGGUCCGUGAACUGAAAAAGCACGCAGACCGUAGCUUUUGAGGGAGAAACGUGGCACUACUAAAAGCGUUGAGUCCAUUGAGCGCAGGGUCCUCUGGGGGACAUAUGGAGUAAUCAGUUCGCUAAGGUACAAGGGCAUCUCAUUGUUAUAUAUACACUGAUGACAAAGUGUGGCGACCUUGUAAUCGAUUCUCGCUUUCACGGGAAGCCAAUGGAGCGUGCGCAAGAGCGUAGUAGCAGAAUCUUGUCUAGUUUUUUUAAGGACUAUUCGAGCGGCGUUGUUCUGUAUACGUUGCAGCUUGGCUAUUUUGUCAUCAGGUAUACCUGCUAGCACGGCGUUGCAGUAGUCAAGGCGGGAGAGUAUGAAUGCCACAGCUAGCGUUUUUGUUGACUCCGUUGUUAAAUAUGGUCGGAUCUGGCCUAAUCUGCGCAGCUGCAGAUAAAGACCUUUGCAGAGCUGAUUUAUGUGUGGGUCGAAAGAUAGUGUUGAGUCGAAGAAAACUCCAAGAUUCCGCACUACAUGGACAAAAGGAACAUGGCAGUUCGUGAUAAAGAGAGAAUCUGUGCUUUCAACUUUUGAGACAUUGUUCCUAGUGCCAAUCUUAAUUAUUUCUGUCUUGUCUUCGUUCAUCUUGAGUUUAUUUUCAACCAUCCAAUCGCUCACCCUUGCAACGGUAUUACUGAUUUUCUCUGCCAGAUGCGACACCUCUGAGGGUACUGAUGAAUCGUAUAACUGUGAGUCAUCGGCAAAGAAAUGGUAUAAGAUGCCGGUUGGCCGUAUGACACCGCUGAGUGGAUAUGUGUACAUAGUGAACAGUACUGGGCCUAGAACUGAUCCUUGGGGUACUCCGUACUUCAAAAGUAAGCUUGUUGAUUCCGUCCCGCUAACAACGACACUUUGGGUGCGUUCCGUCAGGUAGGAUCCAAGCCACUUUAGGACGACUCCUGCUAAACCAAAAGUUGCAGAGAAUCUGGCCAUCAUAAUUUCAUGGUCUAGCGUAUCAAAGGCUGCGGACAAGUCCAGCAUAGAAAGAAUUGAUAUGUGGCCUUUGUCGGAAUUGUGAAGUAAGUCGUUUAGUACCCUGACCACUGCUGUCUCUGUGCUACGGCACUUCCUAUAUGCAGAUUGAAAUUCUUCCAAGAGACAGUACUGUUCAAGAUGAGAAAGAAUUUGCACUAACACGAUGCGCUCCAGAAGCUUUGACAGGAAGGGAAGAUUUGAAACCGGGCGAUAGUUUUUUAGACAUUCCGGGUCAAGACUGGAUUUCUUUAAUAAGGGCCUGACAAGUGCAUGCUUAAAUUGCUGUGGUACAAUGCCUGAAGUCAGUGAAGAGUUCACAAUGUUGGUAAUUGUAGGUACAAGCUCAUCUAAACAUUCAAGGAGCAAGGAGGUUGGAAUGGGAUCAAGGUCACAUGACUUAUUUGGCAUCUUCAAAAUAGUACUUUUGACAUAAUCUUCAGAUACAUGCUGAAACUCGCAAAAAGGAGUAUUUUGAAAAAUUGGAGAGUGGUCAAGCUGUGAUGAGAGGGAUGGCAUGUCAUUUCUAAUCUGCUCAAUCUUCCCAAUGAAGAAUCUAUUGAAGGAAUCAGGAAGUUCAGAUAAUGGGAUAGAUGACGGCAAACGUUCGUUAUUUGAUCCCCCUAACAUUUCAGCGGUGAUCCUGAAUAGCUCCUUUGAAGAAUCAGAAUUUUCGAUUUUUUGUCGAAUAUGACUAGCUUUUGCGUCUCUAAUCAUACGGUUAGAUUAUUUAUUAGAUAAUUAGAUAUUACCAUGUGUUAGAGGAAUAAUUUGAUGAUAUUAUGUCUUUGUAAAAUAAAUUUAAGGAUGCUGUAUUUUCAUUUCAACCAUUAGAAA